AUGGUCCUCCCUCUGCCCUGGCUUUCUCGGGGCUGUUGCCUUCGCCUCCUCCUACCCUCCUGGUCCCUGGCAUGCCAGGGCUCACGGGGUUACUGUUUCCAAAAUCCCAAGGCAAGCACAGAAGGGAAGACCAGCUCCAGAAGCAGUGGGAAGAUGAAAUCCCUGCCCAAGGGUCCCCAGCCCCACCGCACAGCCGAGCUGGCUCAAGCUGAGGAGUUGCUGGAGCAGGAGCUGGAGCUGUACCAGGCCUUGCUGGAAGGGCAGGAGGGGGCCUGGGAGGCACAGGCUUUGGUACUCAAGAUCCAGAAGCUGAAAGAACAGAUGAGGAGACACCGAAGGAGCCUCGGAGGAGAGGCCUAAGCUUCCCACCAGCCCUCACCACAUCACCUUUCAACACUGGAAAUGCUACACACCACCCCCCAGGAGCCCGGCAAUCAGUUAAUACCUCAGGCCCUCAAAGGCCACUGAGAAACUAGAAGAGACUUCCAGGAAGGGGCAGAAACCAGCAGGCAGUGGGGGAGCCUUAGUCCCAUCCCUCCCUCUGAUCCCACCCACUGACCUUAUUCCAUAGCAGAGUACACAA